GAACAACUGAAGCGCGUGAUAUCUUCUAGUAUCAACGUGGACUUAUCACUACUGUACUUUAGAUACUGGUCGCAUUGAUAUCGGUAAUUUAGUGUUUGACCUUGCAGUUGUUAUGAAUUUUCCUUCGUUUUUGUCGCAGCUGCCGUUCGGUUGCUAAGAGCGCGUGUGAUACAGUUAAUAGUAUCAACUUUGUAUUCCAGUUUAGUUUUACAUGUCUGAUCUUUUCUCAAAGCUCGUCAAAGAAUCGUCAAAAAUCACGCAUAGUGACGUCAUUACUAUUUACGGGUUGUGUUCCUCAAAGUGAAUGAUCAGGUCUGAUCUCUUUGAGUGUAAUUUAUUGCAUUUCCCCAAAAUUUUCUAUAGCGGCUUCCUCAAAACAGUUAGAAUUUUUCCAGAAAUAAGGCAAUUGCGUAGCUAUAACUUCGCAAUAUAUUCGAAUAUUUUGAUGAACAGUUCGCAUUGUACAACCUAAUCUAACCCAGCGGUAGUAUGACUUGGCAAACAGUCAACUCGGGGCGCAUCUAUUUUUUAAGGAUCGCGAGUCUUGGAUUUUAACACGAACUUCAUUGGUCUAUACGGCUAAAUAAUAUUUUGGCAUUAUAGCUGGUGUAAGUUUGUGAUGUGAACCCUUACUUUAUUUCCUAAUCUUAGAUUCUAAAUCUUAGUUCCUCAGACUAAUUUAUAACUCUCUUUUGACCCUCGCAAGUAGGUGGGUUGUCCUAGGGUUCCUUUAGCUUUGCCCAAAAGCCGUUUACUUAAUUAUGGUUUCACUAUUCACAAAUCAGUUUAUUUACCGAGGUUUUAUGUAUUUCGUAUAGUGAUACCGCAAGCUGAAAUAAGCGAAACUGUGUUCUCACCUAAAACCUGUAAGUUAAAAGUCGACGAUUUCAACUUUUGUACUUAAAACCCACUAUCUACGUGGUAAGGGUACCCUGAUAUUUGUCGCAUGUGAUUUUCGUUUCAUGCACCUUUUAUUACAUGUUUCAAAUGUCAAAUUUAAGGGUUAUAUUAGUUACGUUUGAUUCUUUGUAGUUUCCCUAUAUGGAUAUCAACUUCCUUGUAAAUUUAAGGGGUUAACAUCGAAAGCCAGUCUUAAAAGGUUUUAAUAAAUCGUAGCAACCAUCUCAAUCUGGUUACUAUUGUCAUCUGGUGUUUAAUGAUACACAGAUAAAGCAAGUUAGUAUACAACAUUCAGUUUUCUUUUAUUUUGUAUUAUCUGGAAAUUCGCACCACUUUUCAUCCUGGGACUUUCAAUGUCUCUGAAAGUAUUGCUGAAAACAAUAUUUUACCUACUGUUCCUACUUGCUGAUUAACCAGCACAUAACUGUAACUGUAACUACUAGCUUAUUGAUUUCAACGUCACCACGGUAUUCUGGGUUUAUUUUUUUGGUUGAAAGUGUGCCUCAGAAGUACAUUAACCUUUUGAGUGCUCUUUACUCGAAUACUAUUAGUCGAAUCAGAGCUUAUGGCGAACUGUCAUCUGAUUUUGCAACCUCAAGUGGUGUCCGACAAGGCUGUCCACUAUCUCCAUUUUUGUUUAACUUCAUCAUAGACCUACUGCUGGAAAUAACUCUCGUCGACAGAACUUUCGGGCAUUGAUCUACUUCCAGGAGGUCCGCUUAUCGACUUAAAAUACGCAGAUGACAUAGUCCUGUCUGGUGAAGACUCUGAGUCAAUCUUUCUCGGGUUUUGAACAACCUACGAAGUGUUACGGGAGCCAACAGCUUGGACGCAAUCGGAAGUAGAUUUAUCCCCCGAUAGUUGUUACAGGAACGACGUGAACCCUUUUUUAAAGAUAGGGAAAACUAUCGACUCAUUCCAUAAUGUUGAAACGUUCUCUAGCUCCCAAACCUUUGCAAACAACGUUGUCAGUUUCUUAAUCUGAAAGUCACGACCAUCUUUAAAAAGAGCCGGAGGUAGGCCAUCUGGGUCCAGUGAUUUAAAGCGUCUCUUGCGGACUUCCGCCGCAUUUGGUGGAUCGGUCGUCACCGGCCAUGGAGGGCAGGACAGUCUGACCGAUGUUGCCGGAGCAGCAGGCUAGUUGAACUGCCCUUCGAAAAAUUCUGCCCAUCGUCCAAGACGUCGAUGGAUGUUAGUGAUUGGCAUCCCAUCAUCCUCACAGAUUGUUUCGCUCACACCAGACUUCUUGCUGCCAGUGGCUCGGAUGAGUUGGAAGAGCUUCCAGUAGUUACCAGAUGCAGCUGCUGCUUCCAGCUCAUUAGCACGCUCCGAUCAUCACUAUUCUCGAUCCUUACGCAAGCUUUGCCCAAUUUCCUUACGUAACGUCCUUCGUUUGUGGUCAAACUCACGGUCAUCCGUAGUAGACCGACGGGUCUCGCUAUGUGAUCGAUCUGAGUCCAGGCUUGAGAUGCAGAGGGAGGACGCCAGGUGGUACAUCGGCGAUGACUGUGCCAAAAGUUAGUGUUAGCCAGGAAGUUGGUUGUGGUCUGUGCACAGUUGCAGUAGACGGCCCCCAUUAUCUGUCUUGCGACCAACAAGUCCUCAUCGGGCACCUAAACGACUCUUCUGUGUCUAAGACUUCCGACCUGAGCAUCCAAGUCUCCGGCUAGUACUACAAUAUCUGUCGAACGCACUUUCUGGAGAAGAACAGAUAACUGGUGGUAAAACUCCCCCUUGAUUGCAUCCGGGCUGCAAUCUCGGAGCAUAGGCGGAGAUGACGAAAAGACAUCGUUUCUCACGCCGAUUUCUCCUCACUUUGAUGGAACUCUCUAAUCUAACAGCACAUAACCGACUGUUAAUGGAGAUCCAAUAGAUUAGUGCUGCCUCAGCUCUAGCGCUUAGUGCGACACCAACGCCAGCAAAACCAGAUGAAGAUAGUUUUGAGGUAGUCGAACGCGUCGACCACUUAUCUUAGAAAUUUGAUCAGCCCUAAUCGGUUGGUGUCUGGUAAAAUCUCUGCACGGAUUCAAAAAGCUCAUUUUGCUUUUGACAACUUACGUCAUCUAUGGCGAAGACAAAAAACCGUCAUAUCAGUUAAGGGGCGAGUAUACUGCGCGGUUGUUCGUUCUAUCCUACUUUACGGCUGCGAAACGUAGCCGCUAUGAGUAGAUACUCGUAAGCUACUAGUAUGUGAUCACAGAUGCCUUAGAAACAUUGUUUGCAUCUGCUGGAAUCACUGGGUAAGUAAUAGUGAGGUUAAACUCAAGGUAUUAGGGGAUGAUGAUUAAUCAGUUGGUAAAGUUGUGAAUCCACAUCAACUGAGAUGGUUGGGCCACGUUUAACUUAUGCCCAAUCACCGACUGCCACGACACGCAACGCUCGCAAUUGUUGAAGAUAGAUGGAAGUUAGGGGCGUCCAGAUCAAAACGUGGCAUCAGUCCACAAAGUCACUAACUUGUGGUUUGAACCAUGUUGUUAGAUGCAGAUUACUUGAUUGGGGUCCUCGUGACUAACGUAAACAGCGGUUAGAGACUGAGCGACAUGGUUCAAAAUCAAUCACAAUGGUGUAGGUGUUUAUACUCUGUCUUUCCUUAAACCAUGAGACUAAAAUUACUUUAUACCCUUCUUUCUACGAACUAAUUAUUUCUCCCUGUAUUGUAUCCUUAUAUGCAACAUUUCUUUUAUAUAUUACUACCACUGAUGUAACUUCUAUAAAUUUUGUGAUCGAUUUGUUGUGCUAAUGAGGUGUGGCAACUUGAACCGAUGUAUAUAUGUGCCUGGUCCUACGUUGUAGCUGACUGACUGACUGGUACCAAUUUCUCUCAUGAUCCUGUUCUCCAUAUGCACCAUUGGUUUGGGGUCAGGGUUCUCGAAGUCUCCUAUGUGGGUCCUCCAUAUUCAGCAACCCCAGUCAAAGCGCUGGACAAUCGCUUUUCACCCUUUCGCUUUCGUAAACAACGCUCCCUCCACAAUGUAGUGACUAACACUUUCUUGAUAGUGGCUGUAUACGCGUGGCCAUGUUAGAAUUUCAAGAGAGAGAGAGAGAGCGGAUUCUGCCCACCCUCGGCCGUACCAGGGCAUUCCGGGACAAAUUUUUUCGACCCCAUCCAAUCUACUUGGAAUUUCUGUGUUAUAUACUGUUGUCAACUUUUGUGAUGCCUGUGUAGUUAUUUGUUCAGUGUUCAGACUUAUACAUUAUUAAUUUUAUUCUCUCUACCUUUUAAUAUCGGCUGAUGUCAAUCUCAACAAUCUUGUUCCCUUUAUUAUUUGACGAUAAUCAAAAACAUCAAGGAAAAACUAAAAAUAAUAAAAGCCAGGUCUUGAUUCUGUUUGAGUAGCUUUUUGUGUGGCUUACCUUCCUCAUAUAGCAAAAUAAUCAGUGCUAACGACUACGUCUAUACAUCUAUUGUUUUGUAGCGGGCUUAAUAGAGUUUAAAAGAAUUUGUUGUAGACACUGUUCAUCGUUACUUCAUUCGUUAAUAUAUUUGGUAAACAAAUGAGUAGAAUGAAUUCUCAAGAUUCUGAAAACCCGGGAAUAAAUACGUUCUGUUGUGACUGUUUUUAGGAAACAACAUACAACUUACAGUAGAACAUGUAUAAUUUGAUGGCUUCCUAUUUAUCUAGUUUUGUAGCCUUUCCGUACCGUUUUAUGAACUAAAGUCGACCAGUUUGUCCCUGAAUACUUUGAACAUUUUAGUGGCUAUCGUAAUAAUAUCUGUAGAGUCAUAAGGUAUUUAAAAAGACCCUCAUAAAUACGUUGAACUUUGCCAUUUCAUAUGUUACUGUAAAUUUGCGAGUCUUAAGAAUUAUAUGGACGUCCUAAUUAAUGUACACUUUUUCAUUCACAUCCCUUAAUAUUUUCAUUAUUCUUUAACAUCAUUGUACUUAAUAAGGUCGGAUAACGAGUCCUUUUGGUUUACAUUUUUUACAGCAUAUAAAAUUAUUGAGAAUGAAGUCUCAAGUAACUAAUCAUUUUGUACAAAUCAGCUACUCUGUAAAUUAAGUGUAAGUCAAUUAUUUUGGGUUGAAUGCUAAGUCGUCGUAUCACUACCCGAGCUGUGUUGAGUUUUGAUGUGACUAUCUGUUUCUAAAGGAACGCUUACAAAAAAGUCAUCAGAGGUAACUUGAAAUGUUAAUCAAUCUUCAUUGAUCAUCCUAAGGGGUUAUCAUUUUUCAUGACCAGCUUUUAUGCGAUCAACCUUGAAAGGUAAUUUAGAUGUAUACAUAACCACUAACCAGCGUAAACUACUGAUUAGAUUUACUUAUCUUUAAAUAUUCAGUAGUCGUAUCAUAGUGUGACAAACUAAGUAAGACUAAUACUUAGAUGAUGGAAAGUAGAAAAUUCAAACCCUUCGAUACAGUCAUAAACUUUAACGAAGACUUCAUUUCAGGUAGUUUUUAAUUCGAAUUGAAUUUAUCCAAUUUUAGAUUCCGAAGUACACAUUAAGACAAGUUCUUCAAAAUAUGGUUUUUGUAGCUAUCCAGGUACCAAAGAAGAAAAAGAAUCGCAGUCGCUAAAUAGUACUGAUGCUCUCGGAUCAUUCGUUCAGGGUCGGGACAGAAGCCGAAAACUUUUAAAUUCAAAUGUUAAUACAAAUCUUCAGAGUCGUGAAAACAAAAACUUAUUUCAAAACUCAUGUUUCCCCAGUGAACCGUUAAAAUUCAUAGGUUAUCGACCCAUAUUCGGUUCUGCGAAUUAUGUUGACUUAUGUUCUUUCGAUGAUCAUAAUCUUCUCAAACCUUUUGAAUUAUCAUUUCUAGGUGUUCCUCUCUUCAGUUCUUUGACCCAUUCCUAUUAUUCAGAUGAACGUAUUUACAACACUACCAAACAACAAACUAUGCUUGUAUCAAGCUCUUUUGCCAACAAGUCCAAGAAGGGACGUGUAAGAUCACUUUCUGAAUUAUCGCUUCAACACGUCUGUUAUAAGGGAAAAAGAAGUGAAACUGAAGCAGGCGUUCAUUUAUCUUGUAAUCAUUAUGAAAAGGAACUGAAUUACCUUCGGCAGGAACUUAUGGCGCGCAAUGAAGAGGCAGAAAAGAUUGCGCAUGGACUUAUGCAUGCAAAGAAUGAAGAAAAACAAUUUGGUGGUCAUUUACGCGAACUAACAAAAGAGGGUUCUGCUAAGACAGAUACUAUUAAUAAGUUAAAAGAAAAAGUUUCUGAGCUAUAUGUUGAAGUGGAAUCCCUUCGACAUUCUCAUCAACAAGCCAUCUGUCACCAAGAAGAUUUACAGAAGGAGAUCGACAUUUUGAAGUGUUCACGUGAUUGGUACGCUAAUCAGCUUCGUUCCGUUCAGUGUGUCAGUGAUCGUGUUCAAAAUGAACCUGAAAGAAUUGUCAACUUACUAAAGGAUAGCAGUGAAAUGAACCAUCGUCUGGCACAUGAAAAUGCUUGUUUGCGAGCUCAGUUAGUAUGCAGCAAGGCCGCCUUAGCUGAUGCUAAACGAAAUCUCUCUCGGCAGUUAGAGUCUAUCCGUGUUGACAUGGUAGAACGUGAAGCCCUUUUUGAGCGUAUUACUGCUGAACGAGCUUUGUUUGAAAAUAUCAGUCGUCAGCGCGCUGAUGAGAUAAGGGAGUUACAGACUCAGGUGUCGAAUUUUCAAAUGGAACUUAAGGCUACUGAAGAGCAUAUCUUGCUUCAAAAGAAUAAGCUGUUGGAUGCUGAAGGAGCCUUGGCAGUCGCAGAAAGAAAGCGCAGUGAAUUACAAAACCAGUUAGAAUCCUUCGAGAGAGAACAUUUUACGAAGGAAAACUAUCUAGAUGAUCAAUUCUCCAAAUAUGGUAUCAUCUUAGAAAGUGUGAAGGUUUAUGAAAACGGAGAUAAAAGUAAGGGCAUCUUAAUUGAUGAGAUUCUAGAAGAAAAAGCCACACUCACUGCAGCUCUCUCAGCAUCACAAUAUGAAAAAGAGACAUUGAAUAAAUACUUGAUAAAUUUGAAGGAUAACUUGUUCAGAGUAGAAAAAAGUUUUGUCAUCCUUAGACGUGAAAUUGAAUCCAAGUCUGUACAAAUUAUGGAGCUCACCACUCAACGAGACAGUAUGGCUGACAAAAUUAAAUUUCUUUCCGACCAGUUAAGGGAUUACUGGAAUGUGAUUGAAAAGUUAAGACAAGAAAAAAAGAAAUUAAACUCUUCCUUAAAUGCUUCGCUGACGGAAACCGAAAAUUCCCACAACAAUCUAAACAAAUUAGAUUUUUCACUCCAAAAGGCUGAUGGUGACUUUAAAACUGUUGCUAAAGUAAAACAUGUAGGAACGAGUUCUCUUUUGCCGAGUCAGAUAAUUGACAAACAACUUACACUAGAGUCGCAGACCAUUCAUUACUUCCCAGUUGCAAUGGCGACCUUUCAAAGUCAACCAAAUACUGCUUCUCUACCGUCUUCAGUAAAUAAUUUUAGUACCUCGGAUGCUACACAUUCUUUAAACAUUCAAGUGAAUGAAGAUAGUUGUUGGCAAAUUAUGGAUUUAAACAAAAGAUUGUCUUGUGACGCUGUUUGUGAUGUAGCUCCAAUUUCGCAAAACACAAUCGGUGUACCUGAUUCUAAUUACGAUACUCAAAAUAACGGCUCGAACUCACAGGAGAACUAUCCCACAACACCUUUAAGUUCUGAUAAAAAUAUAUUUUGGUCAACGGAUCCUUCGUCUUUAGUUUCUGCCAGUGUUUUGUCUUCUUCAUACGAGCAAAACCAAAUGGGAUUAAAUCAAACAGUUCCUAAUCCAAAUAGUCAGUGUUAUUUUGAUAACUGGCCAUAUAUACAGCAGUUACCAGAUUACCAGAAUAUUGCUAAUGUGGAUUCUGGCCUUCACCUUUCAGACACCCAUAUAACAACCAAUCAAAUAUAUUCUUCAGAUUAUCAGCAACGUAAUAUGCCUUAUUUAAAUCUAUAUUUACACGAUAGUCUGAACCAUACUGAUGAGUAUAAAUUCAAUGUACAACAAGAUAAUUCGUACACGUGUUUUUCUAAAGACGAAUGUUCCUCGGAUUUUAAUUGUGAUAUUACAAUUAGUAGAAAUAACAUUUUAAUUCCUAGAGCCAGUUUACCUUUGGACCACAAAACCAAUAAUCUGAACUGUGAUAAAAUUUAUACAGAUCCAUUAGUUAUACCAGAACAACAACAAAAUGUCUGCUUUUCUAACAAAAAUGAUGCUUGUACGAUCUUAUCUACUGAGCAGGAUACCAACUAUAAAUGUACUGUUACUGAGGUACAAAAUAUUCAUAUAAAUGAUUGGACAGAUAAGGAGUCAUCUAGUUGCUCUAGUAAUUUCCGUGUUAAAAUAAAUGAAAGUGAAACACCAGUUAAGUUGACGGAAUAUUUCUCAAACGAUCAUCAAGGGAACCGGACAAAUGAAGUUUUUUACACACAGAAUGUAGCCACUACCUUACUAUCUGUCACUGAAACACCAGAGUCAAUACUAUAUUGCUGUUCAUCACAUGAAAAUUCGAAUCUAACUGAAAUUACUGAAAGUAAAGCAGAAAAACUGAAAUUAUAUCAAGUUGGUGGAUCAAAUCAGUCAACAGUCAUUUCUAAAAAAAGUGAUCAUGAAUACUACUCAUGUUCUGUCACUACUGAAACACCAAAUGAUUCAUUUGACUUAAGAAUAUGCAAUACCCGUCAGUCUAAUCUCAAUACUUGUUCUUCAGAACACAUAUAUAAUACAUCUGAAGCUCUUCUUAUGUCUACUUUUGAUGAACUGAACUGUGUGAAAAGUGAGCGGGACAAUCUUUCCGAGCAUGUUUCGGUCUUGCAAAAGGAUUUAGCCAAUGCUGUUGCUAACUUAACAACUUAUCAGAAAGAGGCAGAAAUGCAGACGCUUAACGCUGAACGUGAAAAAGUUGCCCAUCAACAAGCACUCGAGGCUCAUCAACUUACUAUUGUGGAACUUAAUAAUGCCAAAGCCGAACUUAUUAACGUGCAAAAGUUAGUUAGUGAACUUCGUCAGGAAGUUGUCUCUUCAAAAGAAGAAGUCGCAUUAUUGCGGGCACACGAAGAUGAAAAUCGUUCUCUCUAUGAAACGGAAAUCAAUUCAAUGAAAUCAAUUGUUAAGAUAACAAGCGAUCACCUGUCAACACUGGCAGAAUCACUUCACAAUGCGCUGAGUGAAAAAGCUAUACUGCAGAGGGAAUUCAAUCAUUUGAAAAAUAUGAUUCAUGGUCAAUUACAGAAAUUUCGUUUAUUCACUCGUUUGGAGUUAUAUGACGAAUCUAAAAUAGUCAACCAAUUUUCCGUUGGUUCAUUAGCUGCUCUUGGAAUUUAUUUAGAAAAUCUGGUUGAUGGUAAUUCUCAGAUAAAUUUUCAUACAAAGUCACCUCGUAAAUUUAAUCCAUCCUUCGAAUCCCUCCGAACAGAAAUAACAAAACUUGAAAAUGAUCUACUUAGUCGUAAUAUGCUUGUCAGUGGCUCAGCUCAAAAUAUAUAGUCAUCAGUUGAUGUACAUUUUCAUUCAUAUGGCAUUUACUUUUAAACUGUACUGCCUCAAGGUGAUUUCAAUUUUUUCAUACUUGUCUGUUUUAUAGAUUUCAGUGAAGAAAUUAGUGAAUUUCAUAUGCAUACAUAUAUGCAGUCUCUCCAUACGCAUACAAUAUAUGUGAUAUACGCUUAUAGUUUAUUUGGACUUCUCUGUGAUUGUAUUUCUUGCUUAUUUUUGUCAGCGUGAAGAUCACUUCAGUCUUUCACUUUUAGAUUCAUCAAUAAUUUUUUAAUAUUAGCAGUAUUUCUUUAAAUGAUUAUGAACUCAGUAAAAAAAUCUCUUGAACGUGAGAUAAUUUCAUUGUGCUAAUUAUUUUGUACUGUUCAGACCUAAGUUAACAAUGAGUUAUGUUUUCUUUACUUCGUCUUAAAUACUUUGAUUUAUUCUUUGUGUAUGAUUAGGUGAGGGUAUUUUAAUGUCUUUAGAUGACUAUGUUUAUUUUAUUCCUUAUAAAUGUAUUUCUACUCUGGUUGGUAUUCUAUUUUUUAACUAUUGUGCUGAUAUGCGAAAUUCCCAUCUGUGUUUUAUCUCACAACAAGUUUAAAGCUUUUUUGUAAAUUUAUAACAUAAACAGAUAGAUAAUGGGAAUGCUCUCUGGUUUACUUAGGUACGCGUCUUACUAACAUGCUGGUGAUGAAAAUUAAAUAUAGAUGCGCAUGU